CUUACAUACAAAUAAUUUAAUUUCAUCUGCUCAGUUUGGAUUUAGAGAAAAUAGAAGUACGGAAACUGCAAUCUAUGCCCUAACUCAUCAUAUAUUAGAAACUUUGGAACGACACCAUCAUUCAUUAGGAAUUUUCUGUGAUUUGACAAAGGCUUUUGAUUGUGUGGUUCAUGAUAGCCUUUUGAGCAAGCUGGCAGCAUAUGAACUUGGUGGUAAAACUUUAACAUGGCUGAAGUCAUAUUUGGGAAACAGAAGGCAAAGAGUGGAAUUGUAUACUAAUGGGAAUGAAAAAUGUUGUUCAGGAUGGGAGAUUGUUGAAUAUGGAGUGCUGCAGGGCUCGAUUUUCGGUCCCUUGCUGCUUCUUUUAUAUAUCAAUGACCUGUCAUCAGCAUUAAAUACUGAUAAUAAGUUAUUGUUGUAUGCAGACGAUACAAGCAUAUUAGUAUCAGGCAUUGAUAUUGAUGAAAUCCAAGAUGAAUGAAGUGGUGCCCAGUGUCACUGGAGGUUGAAUAAUCAAUUUCAAAUAACCUGGAGAACUUGUUAUAUCCUAGCAUCUUGCCUUUGCAUGAGUUUCCAUGGAAACAAACAAAAGGAGUAGUCAUGGCAGCAACUGUUUGGUGUUUAUGGUGUGUGGUCUCAACACUUUUUUUCAAAGCUCAUUAAAAAGAGAAAUCUUGGUAAAAUAUUAGAAGUGAGUCUGGUACAUGAAUUAUCAGGAAGCUGAGUGAUCGGCAUUCAUCAUCAUCAAAACGUCUAUCAACCCAUCCUACAAAAGGCUAUGUCACUCUACACUUCACAGGAGAGUAGCAUGUCAACUUUGGCAGCAGAGCUGCUCAAUGAGAAUGUGGAAGAGCUUGCAGAUGCAGAUCUGAUGAAAGCUAUAGACCUAAUGACUACAGCUAACCACUACCUUGCUUUGGAGAAUGAAGUAAUAGAAACGUACCUCCAGCGAAUGAGUCCAGAACUGCUUACAGGAAUGCAAGAGAUGGUGAAUGCAGUUCCACUUAGACCACAUACAGGUUCCUCACAGUUGUUGUUAUACCCCAGAUCUACAUCAGCCCACUCCAUGCUGAACUCUCGUCGGGGAACAGAAGAUUCAGGAAGCAUUGCCUGCAUUCAUUCCAUCAUUCGGCCUUCAGGAUCCACCAUGUUGAUGCCAUAUGGUUUAGAUCGACGUCCAAGGAUUAACAUGAGCAUUAAGGAGGACAUUGCAGGUCAUGAAACAGAUGACCUGCAGGCUGCACUUGACAAGCUUCAUGUCACAUCUACAAAGGCACGAGCCGAUCUCAAGGCUGAGUUGGAAGAGGUGCACAUGACUGUCCAGGAAAUAUGUGAGGCACAUGCAAAUCUCAAGGCAGUUAGGGAGGCUGUUGAUCCCAUUACUGGGUGUAUUCCUGCUGAAAAAUUUGUUCGGCAUGUAGAAGAGUGGCUAAAGAAAGCAGACUCAAUGAUAGAGAAGCUGCGCCUUCGUACAAGUACACUGCGCUCUGUGUUCACACGCAUGAAUCAGCUAGUGGAGCAGAAGGAAGUGCUUGGUGAAAACUUACAUCAAAUUGAUUUUGAACAGCUCAAGAUUGAGAACAGUCAAUUGCUAGAAACAGUUAUGCAAAAGAACCACAAUCUCUUGAAGAUGAAGAAGAUGACAGGCCAGUGCAACCUACUACUCACUAAUCAGAAAAAGAAGGUGAUGGUGCAGAUGUCAGAGCUGUCACAUAUGCAGGAGAUGGUGGCAGCAAGAGAAGCGCAGGUGAAGAGAAUGGAAAACGAGGCAGACCUUACAGAGAUGGAGGUGCAGAAAGCAACUCAGAAGCUAGAUAGCAUCUCAGAAGUCACUGAAAACUACAUGGCACCUGAUAUAAUGGAUUAUGUAAAGAAACAAGCUGAACUCCACCAGCUGAAGCAAGCUCUGAAAGUAUGGUCACAUCGCAAGAAAAUCCAGCAGACUGCACUCAUUUCCUGCAGAAAACUGCUUCACAAGCUAACCAUCAAUGAAGUGAGUCAGACACAUUGAUCACGUACAGAUGGUAAUAGGCCUGCUUGAAAAACAUAGGUUAGAAGUUUUCGCCUUUGAGUGACAGAACAUGUAACGCUCAGACAAAGUUGGCACAAUAGCAAGCACUUGCCUGGGGCAGCAUGAUUUAAGGUGGCACAUUUUACAAACUUCUUUUUUGUGCUAAAUGAGAAUGAAUUUCUGCUGAUCUUUCAUCCAUAUUGAGAGCACCAAUUGGCAUUAAUAUAAACACAUUUUACAAAAUGUAAACAAAACUCUUUCAGUAAUUAUGACACAAAAGUUUUUGUUGCAGUGUCUGCAGAUCUCAUGUCAUUAAUAACUGUGAUGAAAUUUUGAGAAUGUUUAUCUCUUUAAUUUGAUGAGGGGGACAAUGAAGAUAAUGACAUUUCUUGUUGCUUGGGUGGCAUUUAAGCUUGAGCUGGCUCUGGGUUCAGACUUCAACAGUAAACAGUCAUUUGAUUGAUCAAGGGAUUCCAUCACUAUGUCAUCAGAAACAUGUCAAUGGACCCUAUUCUGAAACAUUCCACUUCAAUGUACAUGUUCAUGAGUUACACUUAAACUCAUUUUAAUGAACCAGACAGGUAGAAGUAAACAUUUCUGUUCUCUUUGUGUGACUAGUUUUAGUUAUGGACUGUUGAAUAGGUACAUAGUUCAUUCUUUUUGUGUGCUUUUGAGUCCCUGGUUAAAUGUAAGAUGUCAGAUUUCCUGUUUCUUUGAAGUAAUAAAUGUAUUGUUCUCUGCCCCCCCAAUCCCCUCCUAUUUUCUUCCUCAUUCUUCCUGUUUCAGAGGAUAUACAGAAGAAUCUAUACAUGACCUGUCUGUAGUUAACCUUUUAAGUGCCAAAGUGCCCUGAUUGGGCCAGUGAUGAGCAUGGUUGUCGUGGCCAAAGUACCCCAUUUUGGCCACUCAGGCAUUUAAACUCCACAAGUAGAAGCGCAUGCA